AUGGUAAGGCAAGUUGUUUGGCAGAGGGCGACAGCCACUCGCAGGGUCACAUCAUGCCUUCAACCCAAGUCUGUCGCGUAUCGUCGCGGUGUCGCUACAGCUGCACCUGGCUCUCGUAUGCCGCCCUACACCAAGAUCCUCGGCGGCCUUGAAGACGUUCGACGCAUUCUGAGCCCACAACGCGCUCUCACAUUGGCCGAAAAGAUUCUGUAUUCGCAUCUUGACAACGCGGAAGAGUCGCUGCUUUCCAACACCAAUAAUGGCCGAGAUAUCCGUGGUCAGGCAAACUUGAAACUCAAGCCGGACCGAGUUGCCAUGCAAGAUGCGUCCGCGCAAAUGGCGUUGCUCCAGUUCAUGUCGUGCGGUCUGCCUUCGACGGCGGUCCCGGCUAGCAUUCACUGUGACCACAUGAUUGUCGGCGAACGUGGUGCUGAUACUGAUCUUCCCGCCUCGAUCCAAGGCAACAAGGAAGUUUUCGAUUUUCUCGAAUCGGCGGCAAAGCGGUAUGGAAUCGAGUUCUGGCCUCCCGGCGCUGGUAUCAUUCACCAGAAUGUAUUGGAAAACUACUCGGCUCCUGGUUUGAUGAUGCUGGGCACUGAUAGCCACACCCCCAAUGCCGGAGGUCUGGGUGCUAUCGCCAUUGGGGUAGGCGGUGCUGAUGCUGUUGAUGCCUUGGUUGAUGCCCCUUGGGAACUGAAAGCGCCAAAGAUCCUUGGAGUCCGCCUUGAGGGCCGCCUUAACGGAUGGGCCUCUCCAAAGGACAUUAUCUUGCACCUCGCAGGCAAGCUCACUGUACGCGGCGGAACUGGAUUUGUGAUUGAAUACCACGGCCCCGGUGUGGACACCCUCAGCUGCACUGGUAUGGCAACGAUUUGCAACAUGGGUGCCGAAGUUGGCGCUACAACGUCUCUUUUCCCAUUCUCGCCCAACCACGUCCCAUACCUCGAAGCAACUAACCGGGCGGCUGUAGCGGCUGCUGCCUCUGAAAUCGCCGCUGCUGGUCCUCAGAGCCUACUCAAGGCCGAUACACAGGCCGAGUAUGACCAGGUGAUAACAAUCGAUUUGUCCAGCCUUGAACCUCACAUCAACGGCCCUUUCACGCCAGAUCUAUCCGUGCCUCUCUCUGCGUUUGCUGAUAAGGUGAAGGCAGAGAAGUGGCCAGAGACGUUUGGGGCGGGUUUAAUUGGCAGCUGCACGAACAGUUCAUACGAGGACAUGACAAGGGCGGAGCACUUGGUCAAGCAAGCAUCCGAAGCCGGCCUAAAGCCCAAGGCCGAUUUCUUUGUCACUCCCGGUAGCGAGCAAAUUCGCGCCACGCUUGAACGAGACCAAACACUGUCGACAUUUUCUUCUGCCGGGGGUACCGUUCUGGCUAAUGCAUGCGGGCCAUGUAUCGGUCAAUGGAAACGUACCGAUGGAGUUAAAAAUGGCGAAGCCAACGCCAUUCUCACAUCUUAUAACCGUAACUUUCCCGGCCGCAACGAUGGCAACCGACAGACGAUGAACUUCUUGGCCGCCCCGGAGAUUGUGACUGCAAUGAGCUAUUCUGGAAGUACCACAUUUAACCCCAUGACCGAUUCUCUGCCUACUCCUGAUGGUGGUUCGUUCCGCUUCCAGCCUCCUCAGGGUUACAGCUUGCCCAGUGCCGGAUUUGAAGAAGGAAACCCGGAUUUCCAGCCCAGUGCAGCAGUUCCCGACCCGACAGUUGAAGUGGUAGUCUCGCCCACGUCAGACCGAUUGGCAAUUCUAGAGCCAUUCGCUCCAUUCCCUUCGCAAGAUCUUACUGGCCUCAAGGUUCUCUACAAGGUCAAAGGCCAGUGCACCACAGACACCAUCUCGGCAGCCGGGCCAUGGCUCAAAUACAAGGGCCAUCUUCCCAACAUAUCCGCCAACACACUGAUUGGCGCAGUGAACGCCGCAACAGAUGAGACCAAUGUCGCCUACGACGAAGCUGGCAAGAAGCACUCGAUUCCAGAGCUGGCCGAGCAAUGGAAAUCACAAGGAACAGAAUGGCUCGUCGUCGCAGAAGACAACUACGGAGAAGGCAGUGCCCGUGAGCACGCUGCCCUGCAACCUCGCUAUCUCGGUGGACGUAUCAUUGUGGCCAAGAGCUUUGCUCGCAUCCACGAGACGAACUUGAAGAAGCAAGGAGUGGUGCCGCUCACUUUUGCAGACCGCGCAGAUUACGAUCGCAUUGAUGCGUGCGACCAGGUUGAUGCUGUUGGUCUGCAUGAUUUGCUGAAAUCUGGUGGCGCAGGAGAGGUUGCCCUCAAGGUGACCAAGUACAAGACUGGGGAGAGUUUUACUAUCCCCGUGAAGCACACUCUCAGUAAAGACCAGUGUGGUUUCAUUAUAGCCGGUAGUGCGUUGAACCUACUGGCGAAACGAGGCCAGUAG